AUGGCACUUUGUCUAGCAGCAUCCUUGAUUUGUCGUCGCGACUUUGUUCCCUAUGAUCAGCUCGUUCGCUACAAGUGGUGGUAUAAACAUGGUUAUAUGUCCUCAACUGGAGAAUGUUUCGAUAUUGGUGCAGCCACUAGGGAUUCGCUGCGUGAAUUUGAACGGCGUCAAAAACAAUUUUCUGUAACACAUGCAAUUCCACUUGAUGAAGUAGACUUUCUUGUCGAUCCUGAUGCUCUUGCUGAGUUCAAUGUACAAUGUAGUAGAGCAGGUGUCGCCGGAAACGGAGCCCUCAUGCGUCUAACUCCUGUACCACUUUUUUUCUAUAGGCAUCCUAUUCAUGCUGUCGAAUACUCAGGAUUUAGUGGUGUGAUUACUCAUGGUGAUCAAAAAGCCUACGAUGCAUGCCGUUAUUACGGUGCACUGAUCGUAGCUGCUCUGCAGGGCGCCACAAAAGAAGAACUGCUAAAUGACGAAUUUUACGAAACUCAUACAUCAUGGUUUGCUGAAAUUCCGGUCGCUCCAGAGAUCAUGAAGAUCGCCAAUGGAUCUUAUAAACGAAAGCAUGGAUACGAUGCUGGUAUUCGAGGCAAAGGAUACAUCGUCAAUGCUCUGGAGGCCGCCUUAUGGGCCUUUUGGUCUGAAGAAACUUUUGAGAAGGGUGCUCUCGCUGCAGUAAAUUUAGGCGAUGAUACUGACACAACGGCUGCUAUUUAUGGUCAAUUAGCUGGCGCUUAUUAUGGUUAUAAAAAACUACCUAAAAAAUGGGUCGAGAAAGUCUAUGCCAAACGAUUUUUACAAGGUUUGAGUAGGUGGAUUGCUUAUGAAGGAGAAAUGUGGCAGGCAAACAAAGCACUCCUCUUCAAUCCUUCACCAGCAACUGUAGAACCUAAACAAAAAGUUGCUGCCAUUUCGUCUAAUGUACAAGAAUUAUAUCCUAAGAAAUUAUCCUCAAGUCAGCAGACAUUGCUAGAAGAAACUCAACGAGUAGGACCAUCCGGCGAAUCUGAGAAAAACACUUCUAGUAUCAAGUCAAGUUUUUGUGCUAUUCUUUAA